GAAGAGUCCUUCACACACUUGAGGAUCAAGCUGCACAAGCUGAAAAUGACCACUGGCGUGGAGCGACUAUUCGACGAACUUGGACACUUUAAAAGGUUUCAGGCAUGUCUCUACUUUGCUGCUAUUUUCCAGGCCAUCUCCUGUGGAAUACAUUACCUGGCAUCGGUUUUCUUAGUUGAAACGCCUAAAUUUCUUUGUGACACUCCAAAUAUUACAGACAUUCUAUAUAGAAAUCACUCAUCAACCUCUCUGGCAGAUAUCUGGACUCACUACAAGCCAGGUGAUGGGCCAGUGGUUGUACGGACAGCUAGAGGAGACCAGUGGGAACUUAGUCCUUGUUUAAAAGCGCUGCGGCUUGAUGUCAUCAAUUUUCAAUACGAGUUUUUUGGGAACAAGACUGUGGAGUCAUGUGGUGGCUUUGUCUAUGAUCACAGCGAGGUUGAGCAGAGCAUCGUAACAGACUGGGACUUGGUGUGUGAGAAGGAAUGGCUGGCCAAGCUUUCACAGCCAACGUUUAUGCUGGGAGUUUUGGUUGGAGCCUUGGUGUUUGGGGAUGUCGCAGACAGAAUUGGUAGACGGCCCAUUCUGAUGGCUACCAGCUUGUGCCAGUUUAUUUUUGGGGUGACUGUGGCCUUCACAGGAAACUACUACCUCUUUGUGGUGAUGCGUUUCUUUCUUGCCAUGGUGUCGAGCGGGUAUCUGGUUGUAGUCUUUGUCUAUGUGACAGAGUUUACAGGAAAUAAGGUGCGCACAUGGACCUCUAUGCAUGUGCAUGCUGCCUUUGCUGUGGGCGUCAUGGUAGUGGCUCUGGUAGGGUAUCUUGUUCGUGUCUGGUGGAUCUACCAGAUCAUCCUCACUCUCAGUACCUCUCCAUUCUUGCUCUACUGCUGGAAGUUUCCAGAAACACCCUUCUACCUGAUGGCUAAAGGGCGGUACAAAGAAGCCCAGGAGCUGCUGGACACUAUGGCCUACUUCAAUGGCCUGCCACCCACCCUUAAGGUGUCAGAGCUAAAGGAUGAUGGAGCACUGUUAAAGGAUAAUAAGCAAUCAGGUGGGACCGCAAUGGAAGUCGAGAAGAGGCUAAGCAUCCUGGACAUGUUUGGAAGCUUGAAAAUGGCUGGCCGCAGCGCCACCUGCUGGGCUAUCUGGUUCAUCGGAAGCUUGGGAUACUAUGUCUUCAGCCUGGGGUCUGUCAACCUGGGAGGAAAUCAGUAUAUCAACCUCUUCCUGGCUGGUGCUGUUGAGAUUCCGUCAUACUUGAUUGGCUGCUUUGCAAUGGAUCGUGUCGGCAGGAAGAAUACAUGUGCCCCGGCUCUGCUGCUCGGUGGAGUAGCCUGCAUCCUCAUUAUUGUGGUGCCCCAGGAUAUUGAGGUAUUGGCUAUAGUCCUGAGUAUGACAGGGAAAUUCGCCAUUGCCAUUGCAUUCGGUCUGAUUUACUUGUACACCUGUGAGCUUUACCCCACAACUAUCAGACACCAUAUCUGGUCCGGCAGGUCUCUGGCUGUUGGCAGUGGUAGUAUGAUGUGUCGGGUGGGAAGUGUGGUGGCUCCUUUCUGCGUUUACCUCGCUGACAUCUGGAUCUAUCUGCCUCAGCUCAUUGUGGGAAUUCUGGCUUUCAUCAUCGGGAUCCUGACCAUGUUUCUUCCAGAGACUCUAGGACAGCCCCUCACCUCGACUUUGAAAGAAGCUGAAGCUCUGGGCUCCAAGCCCAAAACAAAGAAUCCUCCAGCACUAGAGAUGAACCAAAUAUGAAAGCAUAAAUCCUUUUUUACACAGGAUUCCUGAAAGUGCCUUUACUGACUGACAACAGUACAUACUCCAAUAUGAAUGAGAUAUCAAUUUUUUUUUGAGUGUGCUACAGUUUUUUAUUUUUUGCAGGCAUUUGUGGGUAGAUGAGGCUGUGUUGUGCGUGAGUGAGUUUGGAUAAUUACUGAAAAUAUUGGUGGUAUAUUU